AUGACCUUUCUUCGUGUGGCCAACAAACAGAGAAGAAAUGGGCAAAACCGAAGACGACUUCGCCGCUAUUUUGCCCUGAUUAAUCUGUUUACGAGUGGCCGUGCACUAACCUACUGUAGGAUGGACAGGAAUGUACCCAUCCUGCGCUUGUGGUUUGACGUGGAGUUGGAACUCAUCCGGGACUUCAGACUGAGGAGGAAGGCCAUGCAUGCCCUGCAGUGUCUGCUGAGGAGAGAACAGGACCACGGCUGGGGCCAUGAGCUAGAAGAUGUGGCCGGGGACAACAUGGACCCAGAACUGCCGUUACAAGAACUCCCUGACCCAAAUGUAACACCAGGGAAUGCCACAAGGGACAGACUCGCUGGCCUGAUUUGA